AUAAACAUUAAAAAAAAAAAAAGUCAUUUAACUGACGGAGCCACCCAGGUGCUCCAGAUUUUUUUUUUUUAAGAUUUUAUUUUUUAAUCUACACACAACAGGGGGCUCAGAUAUAGCCCCAAGAUGAAGAGUUGCAUGCUCUACUGACUGAGCCAGCCAGGCCCCUCUGUUGUCAGAUUUUUAUUUUUCCACUGGUUCCAGCCCACUCAUCCCAUCAUUAAAAAUUUCUUGGCCUCUUGCUGACUUAGGGAUAAAGAAGAGAAAUUUCUAUCCAUCUCAGUGUGGUAGAAUGUUGUGUGUAAGAACACAAAUACAGGCGUCACCCUGAGCUGUGGCCCGCACUGCGAUGCUGGGCACGUUCCUGGGCCUGUGCUACCACGAGCUGGCCACAGCCUGGAUUCCUACAGCAGGCAUGUGGGGCACUGUGGGCACGGUAGGGCUGGUAUGGGCCAUGGGCUGCCAGCUGAUUCUGGGCUGGGUGCCCUAUACUGAUGGCAAGUUUAAGAAGGAUGAUUAGGUAAACUGACCCUUCUUGGAUCCCUCUGAUGUCUGCUGGUAUUGCCUCCUUCCAUGUUAGCUCCUGCUGUAGCUGGAACAGCCCCUGCCCUCAGGAAAGGCCCCAGGGAUAUCUACAGCAUGACUUAGGACUCCAUGUUUGUGAAAAUGGCUUUCAUGUUUGGAUACACACAGCAUUAAACCUUGCUCUGAAAAAGAACAAAACAAAACACGUGCUGUGACUGGACUCCCUGGGUUAGAAUCCUAGCUGUGUGAUCUUGACAAGUUGCUUAACCUCUGUGUGCUUUGUGUCCCCAUCUAUGAAGUUGGUGUAGCAAUAAUUUUGUCAUGGGGUUGUCGGGAUUAAACAGUCCACUAUUAAUGAAAUACCGGGAAUGGAUGCUUGUGUUGCUGUCUACUAAAUAUGUAGGAUGAAAACGUAGUCGUCCUUGCUUACGGAGAAUGAAAGUUGGUAAAACAAGAUAGCCUAAACAAACGUAAAAGAAAUGAAUGUUGUUUGGUAGGACCUGGAAGCAGAGGUAUUUAGAGUUGGAAUUACUGUAACAUUGUAGGCAUUUUGGAGGAGAAAACACAGUGUAAAAAACUUGCCAUAAUUUUAUACUCUACUGUUAACCGAGCUACCUACAAACAGACUUUGCUUUGCCAUGUCACAGGGUGCUGACACCUUUAAGGCGAAAGUUAAUAUUGAAGUACAGUUGGCUUCAGAACUAGCCAUCGCUGCAAU